CGUUGGCCACUCCCGGAAGCGUCGGUGGAGGGUCCCCCAUGGAGCGGGAUCCCGGCGCCUCGAAUGCUACCCCAGCUCCGACCGCGCUCUUCGCCUGGGGGGCAAAUAGCUACGGGCAACUUGGCCUUGGCCAUAAGGAAGACGUACUCUUGCCCCAACGGCUGAAUGACUUCUGUAAACCUGUGUGUGUUAGGAGGAUCACGGGAGGAGGGGGCCACUCUGCUGUUGUCACAGAUGGAGGAAGUCUUUUCGUUUGUGGCCUGAACAAAGACGGGCAGUUGGGGCUUGGUCACACGGAGGAUGUUCUGUGUUUUACACCCUGCAAAUCCCUCCUUCGCUGUCCCAUCCGACAGGUGGCCUGUGGCUGGGACUUUACCAUUAUUCUCACGGAACAUGGUCAAGUUCUAUCAUGUGGAUCCAACUCCUUUGGCCAAUUAGGGAUUCCUCAUGGGCCUCAAAGGUGCCUGGUUCCCCGGGCCAUUGAGCUCCUGCGAGAGAAGGUUGUUAGCAUUGCUGCUGGACUGAGGCAUGCCUUAGCCGCUACAGUGAGUGGCAUCGUGUUCCAGUGGGGAACGGGUUUGGCAUCUUCUGGACGGCGGUUGUGCCCUGGGCAGACUCUCCCACUGUUUUUGACAGCAAAGGAACCCAGCAGAGUGACAGGCCUAGAGAAUUCUAAAGCAAUAUGUGUUGCUGCUGGCUCCGCACACUCGGCUUCACUGACAGAUGCUGGAGAGCUGUAUGUUUGGGGAAGCAACAAGCAUGGACAGCUGGCUUCCCAGGCUGCUUUCCUUCCUAUGCCCCAGGAAAUAGAAGCUCACUGUUUUCAGAGUGAAAAGGUCACCGCUGUCUGGAGUGGGUGGACACACCUGGUCGCCCAGACAGAAACUGGCAAGGUGUUUACUUGGGGCCGAGCAGACUACGGUCAACUAGGGAGGAAGCUGGAGUCUCCUGAAGGCUGGAAACCAGAAGAGCAGGGCUCACACCUGCGUUGCUCAAGACCACAGAAAAGCACGCCUUCGUCUCUGCACUGCUUGACAGGAGCGACUGAGGUCUCUUGUGGCUCAGAACAUAAUCUGGCCGUGGUUGGGCCUCCUCACACUGAUGUACUAACUUCCUCCUGCAAAGCCCACCCUGUCUCAGCUACAUGGAGGGGAACUAAGGAAAGAGAGAGGCUUCAUCCAUCCUUGGCGUAAAGCUGCCCAGGGAAGAAUGCUCCCUUCCCUAGGAGACGCUGGCAGUGAGAGACUGUGGGGCCGGGAAAGGGCAGCCUGAGCAGGCAGAGCGAGGGCAGCCUGCUCGGUCACCGCCCCCAAGAAGGCAGCCCCUAUAGUGCUCAUUAUUGGGCUCCUCUUCCCGCUUCCCUGCAGGAGCCAAAUGGAAACAGUCUGCAGCCUGGGUUUGCCUUCGGGAGGAGGACCACCCAGGGACUGACAGCACCCUCGUCUCUUCCUGACACGCAGGCUCAGAUGUAGACGGGAUGAGACCCUGAGGCAUCUGUGCAGACCCAAACCCUGCAUCCAAAUGCUGAUCCCAGGGAAGGAGGGGGAUCCGAAAGAGUGCACUGAACAGAAGCAGGUCGUGAUACUGAGGGAGCGGACCUACUCAGGCCCCAGGCGCUGUCGGCACUGGCUGUAGCCCCGUGAGAAGGAGAGCUCAGAGGGAUCGGCAACACCCCGCCCCGGCCGGGAGUUCUAGUUCCAGCGUGGUCAGAGACCGUCUGCUUCCUGCUGCUACAGCACGGGCUCUGAGGGCUCCCUUCCCACGUGACUUGAUUGUCCAGGCCUCAGCUUCCUCUUCCGUGAGCAACACCAGGAUAGCAAAACCUACCUCUCGGGUCUUUAGGAGGAUCGUAUGAGGCUAAGUUAGAGGGAAACACCUAGCCCCUAUAUAUUAGUCAGGGUCUCCAGAGAAACAGAACCAAUGGGAUCUGUCUGUCUGUCUGUCUGUCUAGAUUUAUCUUAAAGAAUUCUCACGUGGUUAUAGGGACUGAGAAGUCCAAAAUCCUUGGAGUAAGCCAGCAGACUGGGGAGACAGGUAAGAGCUGAGUGGACAUUGCAUUCCAGAGCAGGGUUCUGUGUUGUAGCCUUGAGGCAGAAUUCUUCUUUCUUCAGGAAACCUCAGUCUCUGCCCUGGAGGCCUUCAACUGAUCGGAUGAGGCCCACCAGAACAUGAGUACAAAUGUUAAUCACAUCUAAAAACAAAAAAUACCUUUAUGGCAACAUCUAGACUAGUGUUUGACCCAGCCACUGGUCACCAUAAGCUAGCCAAGGUGACACAAAAUUAACCACCAUGCCGUGAAAGGGUUGUGGUUCUUAACAAAGACAUUGCCUUCCCUCUCUCCUGCCCUCUCUCCAUUUCCAAGUCAUUGCUGAGGUCAAAAGAGGCUUCACUCAGUGGCAUCUCUGGCAUGUGGGCGCAGAAGCUGCUAGGCUCUGGCAGUGGGGCCUCUGUGCUCCUCCUGUCUCUCCGAGAUCUAUUUCUGCUGACUUCACCCCCCAGGGAAUCAGUGUCCCUACUUCCUAAGGCAAGCCCUGGAGUGCCCAUGGUGGCUUCCCACAGAGGCCUGCACUCUGGGCCGUGCCCGGAGUCCUCUGUGUCCUCUCUGAGUUCCUUUCCGGUCUGCUUCUCGAACAUUCGCAGCGCCGAGUUUCUGACUUUCGGUUCUGAGGACAGGCGUGAAGACCUGAGCUCUGCCUCAGCCAGACCGUGUGGUGAGCCACCAGGAUGGCCUUCCUGCUGCGGCGUGCAAGCUAGAAGGAAAGUCCUCGGGCGAGUAAGAGUUAACUCCCUGCCUAGAAUGUUGCAGGUGGCAUUCUGCCUGGAAGUGGAGAGCUGGACUCCAUUCCAUUUUAGAGAUUGAUACUCCACAGGUGAUCCAAAAUGCUUCUCAUUUUAAUGGAAUGUGGAGUUGCUUUUGCCAGAGUUGCAGAAUGCCUAGAUGGGAUCUCUAAGGUAGCAUAAGGUCAGGGAAAGCGCUCUGGACCAGGAAUCAGGAGACCUGGGCCCUCAGUCACUGCCUCCCCCGUGUGAUCACAUGCACGGUACUUGUGAGUUUAGGCUCUGGCUACGUCUCUCAUAAGAUCCCGGAAACAACAGUCACCUUCCCUUUGCACAGACACCACCUUCCAGCUUGCAGAGCAUCUUCAUGAUUCAUCAUCUGUGUUCCUUACACCAGCCUCACAAGGUGGGCAGGACACAAGAGUGGGAAUGGAUUGUCCCCAUUUUGCAGACAAGGUUCAAAGAGAUUAAGUAUCUAAGUUCCUGCAGAUGGGAGGUGACCAAGCUAGACUUGAACGCAGGGUCCUUGGUGCAGCCUCUUUGGGGCACCCUUUCAAAUGUGGUGACACCUAUAAAACUAUGAGAUCACACACUGGAGUUGGCAGAUGGCUCUUGGGGGACCCAGCAGGAAGGACCGCUGCAGAGGAAAGCGGGGAACACCGCCUUCCUGCUCCCCAAGCACCCGAGGCUUUGGAGGGAAAUGAUGGUCUGAGUGGACCCGCGUAAACCAAAGGAGGGUUGGUCUCUAGCUGCUCAAAUGAAAAUGUUUUCUCACACUGCUGAUUCAAUUCAGAAAACAUUUAUUGAGGCUUUAUCACAGACCAGGUUCUCUACUGGGGAGCAGAAUAAGUAAGCAAAAGCAGAAUGCAAAGCAGGCUGUCUAUCUACUUCUGUAAGCAGAAGUAUAAUGAAAAGUUUUAUAUUCGAAAUGUAAACAGAGGGCUUUGGAUUUACAGGGGGAGGUGUGUGCGAUUAAGUCAUCCCAGGGAGAGGAAGGCAAACACAGCUGAGCCCUGAAGGAUGAAGCAGGAUUUGACCCCUGGAGACAGGAGGGAAAGGGCCCCUGCCUGCUCUCCUCGGCCGCCCUGCCGCAGCCUGUUUGCUGUGGGGCCUGGCCAGCCCCCACCCCCGUGGAGCCUCUGCCCUCGUGGGUCACAUUUGAUGCAGUGCCCUGAAGUAUCUACUGCAAAGCAAGAGAGAUUCUGCCUGGCAGCUCUCGGGAGAGUAGACAGUAGGAGGGGCCGACAGGCCCUUGGCAGGGGAAUGGCAGGACGGAAGGAGGUACAGUUCUGGUGGCUGUGUCUCCCCUCCUAAGGGGCUAAGAGGCAGGAGCUGUUGCUCUGCAUAUGUGGUUUCAGGCAGAGAGUGUUUUGUGUCUUACUUAAAAACUGGAUUCUCAGUCUCCUGUGCAGCUUUCUGUCAGCUUGUUGCCAUGGAGAAGUCGGUUGGGGCUGGAAGCUCUGUCCCUCUCUGUGUCAGCAUUUCUGGACCUGCCAGCUGCCUCCUGCCCCUUCUCCAGAUGGAGGGCUCACAGGGACCCACAUGGUGGGCAGACCCUUUCUCUGCCAGCAUUGGAGCCGCAUCUCAGUUCUCUUGGGGACAGGAAUGUCCUUUGUCCAAGCACUGACUCAGCGACUCGACACUGAGUGCAUCGAUGUGCUAGGCAGCGUCCUGUGCUCUGUGAGAACAAAGAUAACUGUGGCCGGGGACACCCCCAUCACCAGGCAGGACCCUGCUGGCUCGUGAAAGUCGCUCUCACUGGAGAAAAGGCGGCCGGCAGUGAGACCUGGCUGCGCCCCGAGACCCAGCACUGAGCCCCGAGACCCAGCACUGAGCCCUGGCUGCGCUCCCGUGUGCUGCAUGGCCCGAUCAGGCCUCUUUCCUGACACAGACCUCAGUUUCCCCAUGUGAAAAAUUCGGGAAUUAGGUCGGGUGAUCGUGAAGAGUACUUUUGCCCUAAAAAUCUGAAGAUUUUACUUGAAAAAAAAA